AUGGCGUAUUCUCCCGCUCCAGGCUCGCCUGGGGGCACUGUAUCCAACAGUCUGCACUCCCGUGGCCGAUCGGCUAGUCCCCCGACCAGCGUCCCUCUAUCCAAACGAGACAAGCGGCGCAGUGCCCUGCAAGAGCGUCUGCAUGAUCUCACAGCCUCUUUCAGUCACAAUCGCGAUACGCAGUUUCGUCAACAACUCCAUGCUCUCCAGUGUGACAUGACGCUCAUCAACAACGCUGACCCCUACGAACCGGGUCCUCUCCCGGACUCGGCGGACGAAAUCUCCCAGCUGAUCGAAAAUACCGUCGGCGGAGGGAAAUUCGCGAAGGAGAUGGCCAGUCUUGCUGGAUUGUGGUAUUCCCGGUUUGUCCAAGAGGUCAACCAGGUCAAGGCGGACAAGGAUGCCGAACUCGCCAUGCUCCUGAACCGACACAAUAGUAACCUGGAACGCUUCAAGCGCGAAUACGCCUUUCGCGUGCACUUUGCCGAAGAAGAAUACAAUAACCUCUCCUCCACCGUGCGCGAGCGGCUCGUCCAGCAGAUCUCCACCAAGCGGCUGCGCCUGAUGCGCGAGAAAGAGCAAUUGGACCUCGCCGAUACCAACGCCCUCCUCCUGCACCCGAACCAGUUCAGCAUCACGAACCCCGCCAGUCCGGGCGGCAUCCACGGCAACCGCAAGACCCGGCACACGCGCCAUCGGGUCGACCUGGACGAGCUGGGCAACGGCAUCAUGUCGGAGCACUUCAAUAAGCGGAAGCGCAAGGCUGCCGAGGACGACGUGGGGUCACCGGUGCGCGAGGGCUUCGCCAACCCGGCCGAACGCGCCAAGGCGCAGAUGGCGGCCCAGCAGCACGCCCCCGUCUAUUCGAUCAACCAGCUGUUCACUGAGAAGGAGCUGAGCGCGCACGCCAACCAGGCGCACGUCGCCACGGUGCAUUUCUUCUCGACCUCCAAGCGCGCGGACCAGCCAUCCGGCGCGGCGACCAACGGCAACAACACCGACGCGGAGGAUGCGUCCGGCCUGGGCGACGGCACCGAGGAGGGCACGCCCGCCACCGACAUGGCGCGCACCGCCAGCCAGAACUUCCACGCGACGCGGUCGACCCGCACGCACGGCAACCACGCGCUCAACGCGCUGGCCGAACUGUCGGACAAGCCCGCAGUGCGCCCCAACCUGCCCUACAACAUCCUGGCCAACUACCACGCGCGGUCCAGCAACAACGGCGCCCCACCGCUGCCGCCGCUCAUGAACGAGGAGGUCGACGACGACUGGGCGCGCAUGGACCGGCUGCACGCUAAACCGCCCAGCUACGUCGACCGCAAUCUCAUCAAUCUGCUCGUCGAGCCCGUGCCGGCCGAAGUCGACGGCGUCCCGCAGAACCCGCACCGCUUCAGCUUGCUGCACCCGGAUUUCCCGGUCGAAACGGGCGUGCACCUGUACCCGCUGAAGGGCGGCAACGGCAAGGACGAGGGCAACGACCGCACGAAACGGAGUCGACAUUGA